AUGGAAGAUUCAGAUCAGCCAACCUUCAUUGCUCUGGGGUUGGUGCUCGUGUUGGUUCUGCUCAGUUACAGAUAUGCUUCCAACCUCUUCUCGGUCUGUUGGGGCAGUGAUCGGCCUUGUUUGUCCAAGCUUCCGUCCCUUCCUGCGCGACUCCCAAUGUCACAAUCGUUCCGCCUCGAGACGUCUACCCAAUUUCGCUCUUCCACCAUGUCGAUUGCUCAAGUCCAUUUAUGGAGUUCAUUUAUGCUCUCAGUGCCAUACGUGAUGAUUCGCAACGAACCCCCUCUCACUGGCGACUUGCGUUGCUAUGAUCUUCGUGUUCACUGUUCAAUCUUUGCUCGCGGAUGGAUUCCUUCCAACGCAAUAAAAUACGUGCAAAUAGCGUUUGUAAUGCUGCAUACGGUGACCACGGCGACAUGUGAAAGAUCAGGAUUGUCAAUGUGGGAAGUAAAGUUGAGAUCUGUUGCGUCCGUAAUGGCAAACUUGUCCUCGCCUGAGAGCCAUUGGUAUUUGUAG